GAAGCUGCGGGGCAUUAUAUUGGUGGUGAUUCUUGUUUCGAUCCAGCUGUUUGGUUUUUAAUGGUUAGAAAAGGUUGUACUUGUAUUUGGAGAUAAUAAAAACAUAACAUAGGAAUUAGGAAAGUUUUACAUGGACAGAAAAAAAACACAGAAACUGUGACAGUCCGCAAAUUGCUGUAAAAAUGUUCGGACGAGGCCAAUUCCUCCGCAAACUGAAACAAAAUCUGCCACUCAAUUCUAUUAUAAGUAUUGUUGUCAGCCCAAAUCUGUUCUUCAGUCUUGCUCCUGCUUUCAACACAAUAAACACAAAACCCAAAAGAGGGAGAGGCGGAUCAUGAUCCAGUGGUGGUUCAAUUAAUCACAGCAAGGUCAUGAUCUGUCUCAUCUAACCAAACCCAAAUUUGGUUUUGAUCCCUCCUGCCAACCACAUUCCCAGCCUGUUGAUUCAAUUCUCUCAAGUCUCAACAAAACAAAUUUUCCUUGCUCCAGAAAAUGGCCGCCGCCGCUUCUAUGGCCCAGCCUACCCUGUCAUUCAAGCGUUUUGUGAAACAAAGGUUCCCAAUGUGUGUGUAUUUGUUCAUAUAUGCUGUCCUAGAAUGGAUGAUGAUCAUGAUGAUUCUCCUGGAUGGGUUUCUGGCGUUCUUGUCUGAUGAAUUCGCGAGGCUGUUUGAGCUAAACAUCCCUUGCUUGCUCUGUACCAGGAUCGAAUAUGUCAUGUCUCACAGGAAACAAAAUCUCUGCUACAAUGACUGCCUCUGUGAAGAGCACAAGAGGGACAUUUCCUCCCUCGCAUAUUGCCAUAUUCACAAGAAGAUCUCUGAAAUCAGGCAUUUGUGUGAUAAUUGCCUUAUUUCCUUUGCCACCUCCAAAGAUUCUGAUUGUGAGAGGUACAAGCCUCUGUUGGGGCUUCUGCACAAGGAUGUCAGCUGCUUUGCUGAUGAUGGUGCCAGAGUUUCUGUGAAAUCUAUCAAGACAGUGACAGACAACGAGGAGGCCCCCCAGGUUGACAAGGACACCACUUCUGAGAGGUGUUCGUGUUGUGGGGACUUCAUCCAAAGGCUCAAGUAUAACAGGAAUCUAUCCAUGAACUCCAAUGCUCCUGCUCCAUCGCCUCGCGCCUGGAGAAAUGAGCAAAUCCGCAGUGUUGAAUCACCUCGCAUUCGUUUCACAGACAUCAAGUUGAGGCCUGAUAAUGACUCUGAGCUUCCAUAUGAGGAAGAUUCUUCUACUCCAGUGAGAAAUGACACUAAAUCAGAGGGAGUCCAAGAAGAAGCUUGCAGAACCCCUAGUUUUCUAAGAGCAAGCAGGUUUCUCCCUUCCUCAGAUUCAGUUCAAGCAAGUCCUAGGUUGUCUAGGCUGUCAAUGGAUGUUCUUUCAGAUUCCAAUGACACGAGUGAAGGAUAUCACAAGUCUCUCAUGGCACUAAAGAUGGAACUGGAUGAAGAAAGAAACGCUUCCGCCAUUGCAGCAAAUAAUGCAAUGGCAAUGAUCACUCGGCUGCAAGAAGAGAAGGCAGCCCUUCAAAUGGAGGCAUUCCAGUACCAGAGAAUGAUGGAAGAAGAGGUAGAAUUCGACCAAGAAGAAGUGGAACUAAUGAGAGACAUGCUCAUAAAGAGGGAGGAGGAAAUGAAGAUUAUGGAAUCUGAGCUCGAGGCAUAUAGACAACACUAUGGACCUCUCUCGAGAGUAAAUGGCGAGGCCUAUGAAGUUCCCGGGGACGAAGAUUAUCUGGAGCUGAGAUCCCAUUUCUUAUCAUCCUUUGGAAUGUCAGAAUGUACCAGUCCUACUGAUGAAGUAGAUCAUUUAAAGCAUUCUGGCACUUACACAGCCGGGAAUAGGGAGGAAUCAUCUGUAGAUUAUGAGUUUGAGAACUCUCAUCUUUCGGGUUCGUUAACCAAUGUUGGAAACAAGACUACUGGAUCUUCAGAUGAAGAAGAAUUCCCUUCAUCAGAACUCAAUAAAGACAGACAAGGGAACUGAGGAGAUCAGUGGAGGCAUCACAGCAUUAUCAAGAUCAAGAUCACCUUUUUCUUGAACAAAGAAACUUAGUAAUUCAGCCGUACUAAGUAACGUUGUCUAGUUCAGCCUAUAACCUACGACGUUUUGCUGCUACCAGAUCAUAUUUAAUUUAGUACGGUCAUUAAUGUUUCCAUAUUAGAAAAUAUAGCUGCUUUUUGUCCUGCAAGGAGCUUUCAAAUCGAAGCUUCUGCAUCAAUGCAGCUCUGACUUCUUUUUUCUCCUCUCAUUCUUUCUUUCCUUGUAAUGUUCACCAUAUUAAUUUCUGUUGUAAAAGUUGAUGCUAUACAUUUAAUUAUAAAAAUUCAUUUUUUCUUAUAAAGUGCAUCCAU